AUGAAGGAAAAGGCUUUAGAUAAAGCAACCAUCGACGCCUACCAAGAGUGGGUGCAGGAUGGCAUCCGAAGGGACCUGAAUUCGAUUGGUCUUGGACCAGGCAAGCUGCCAUUUCGCUCGGGUGUGUUCCUGGUGAUAUGUGCCAUCUGCUGUUUGCUGGUGGGAAUCCUACUGGUGUCUCUUCGUAUGCGGCAUGUUUACCUCUGGGAUUGGGAUGCACAGUUCCUGGGACCAUUCUUCUUUAUAUUGUUCUUGCUGUGCAUGGCCAGUGCCUCCUACAUGUUCAUUAUGGCUAAGCGCAGAAGCAACAAAUAUCGCUCAGAGCUUUAUUUCCAACCCAUUGGCGACUGGGGAGUUAGCUGUAUUCACAAGAGUGAGCUGGGCCUAAAAACAGCAGGAACCAAUCCACACAAAAUAGUCAAGCCAAGAUCAGAGGCAUAUUCACAGUCCAGCAGAGGAGGACGUCGUAAAAUGCAACAGCAAUCUCAGCACAGUGGUCAGGACAAUCAUGGCUAUGAUAAGAGCCCACUGGACAAACCUUAUAGACCUGCAGAUCAAAGACAGGGGCCUCCUUCUGGAGGUCAGAGAGGACUGCCAUCAGAAGGUAGAAGAGGUCCACCCCCACCCAUUGAUGGAAGAAGAGGACCUCCAACCGGGGGUGGGCUGGGACCUCCCCCUGACAGACGUGGUCCUCCUCCAGGCAGAUAUGGGCCACCUUCUGACAGCAGACACGGCCCUCCAACUGGAGGUAGAUUUCAACCACUUAGAUUUCCUCCCGGUAAUAGGGAUCAGAGAUCAGAAAAUGG